CGCCACUUUCCUGGGUCAGAGCGCUGAAUGGGGUGACAACAAUUGUGACUCCAGUAACAUGGCAUCUCUACGUAAUGCAGAUGCCCAACUUAGGAACUACAUUAGGCAGCACUCGCUGCCCCACAUCUAUGAGGCUUUGCUAUGUGGACUGUGUGCAAUGUGUCCAGAAAACCCACUUCAGUUUUUGGAGGAGAAAAUCAAGGAAAUGUUAGAGACGGGUCAUCAUUCUCUUCUAUGGGAUUCGUAUAUAGAUGAUUCAAGGAAACCCAAAGUUAAGGCAAUGGCAGGAAGCUACUUUGAAUACCUUUAUGGCCAGGAUGAAGAUCAGUUGGUGUCGCCAGAGCUAUUUAAAAAGGCAUACUCGUUUUACAUCAACAAGCUGCAGAAGCUGUACUUUGACGCAUGGAUGGAAUAUUGUGCAAGAAGGAAAGCCAAGAGACAGGACACUCAGGUCAAGCUGCAGAAUGCAGAGGCUCAUCAUACCAAAAGCAUUUUACAGUCCAUAAUACGCCGUUGGGAUAAAUGGGUGAAAUUUCGCAAUAAACAGCAUUUCAAGGCUUCAACCAAAAUUCAGGGUGUUUUUGAUAAUGCAUUCAUGAAAAAAAUAUUAAAAGCAUGGAACGCUGAAACUCAGGAUUCCAAAAAGAAAAGAGAGUACUUUGAGCGUUUGGAAAGAGGGGAAAUGGAUGAUUUUGGAAACGUCAGUUCUUCCGCCAUGCGGGAAGGUGAAGAUGAUAUUUCUCAACUACCACAGAGGGCUCUCUUUAAGAUAUUUGGCUUUAUGGAUUUGAUAGACCUAGCAAGGAUUGCUCAAGUUUGCAGAUCUUGGAAGAUAAUAGCUCAAAAUAGUUUACUGUGGAAUAGUAUCGAUUUCUCCUCAGUUAGGCAUCGCAUUCAAGACAAAUUUGUGAUCAACAUCUUACGAAAGUGUCGUCCUUAUGUCAUUCGUUUAAAUCUACGUAGGUGUUCCACACUGCAUUGGUCUACUUUUAAAGGCAUAGGCGAAUGUAGAAAUCUGCAAGAUCUAAAUUUAUCAGAGUGCCGAAACGUAAAUGAAGAAGCAAUAAAAGUUAUUUGUGAAGGAUGCCCAGCACUUCUUUAUCUUAAUUUAUCUCAUACCGAAAUAACCAAUACAACCAUACGGGCCAUGUCAAGAUACCUGCUCAACCUACAGUAUCUUAGUGUAGCAUAUAGUCGAAAGUUUACAGACAAAGGCUUACAGUACCUGGGAUCUGGAAAAGGAUGUCACAAGAUCAUCUACUUAGAUCUGUCCGGCUGCACUCAGAUAUCGGUGGAUGGUUUCAGGUACUUGGCUGAUGGAUGUAGUUCCCUUCAACAUCUUAAAAUAAAUGACAUGUUUACCCUAACAGACAAUUGUAUCACAACUUUGCUUGAAAAAUGCCAAAACAUUUUGUCUAUAUCUCUCCUGGGAUCCCCACAUCUUUCUGAUGCAGCUUUCAAAAUUCUGGCACAAGGACGGAAGCUUGAAAAGAUUAGGAUUGAAGGAAACAGUCUGAUUACUGAUGGCAGCAUCAAAGCAAUCGGAAGAUCCAGUCCCUACCUAAACCAUAUUUACAUUGCCAAUUGCCAAAAAAUUACUGAUAUCAGUCUUAAGGCAAUUGCAUCACUGAAGAACAUAACUGUGCUGAAUGUAGCAGACUGCAUCAGAAUCAGUGACCCAGGGGUACGACAAGUUGUAGAAGGACCUUCUGGAAACAAAAUAAGAGAACUAAAUUUAACAAACUGUCUACGUGUCAGUGACUUAUCACUUCUGAGAAUAGCACAAAAAUGUCACAAUCUAAACUUCCUGAGCCUUCGCUUUUGUGAAAAUGUGACUGACUCUGGUAUUGAACUCCUUGGGAAUAUGGCUUCUCUUAUUUCCAUUGAUAUCUCUGGGACCAGCAUUACAGAUCAAGGACUGGCAGCUCUUGGGGCCCAAAGUAAAAUAAGAGAACUUUCUGUAUCAGAAUGUCAAGGAAUCACAGACAUUGGUAUUCAGAAAUUCUGCCAUCAAUCAAAGGAUCUAGAAGCGCUGGAUAUUUCUCAUUGUUUGCAAGUAUCAAACAACACUGUGAAAACAAUAGCAUUUUGCUGUAAGAUGCUGACAUCCAUUAAUAUUUCUGGAUGCCCAAAGAUUACAGAUAUAAGCAUCCAGUAUCUUUCUGGGGGCUGCCGUUAUCUCCACAUCAUUGAUAUAUCUGGUGAUAUCCAUCUCAGUGACAAGGCAUUAAAAUACUUACAGAAAGGCUGCAGACAACUCCGGACCUUAAGAAUGCGCUACUGCAAGAGUAUUACCAAGGCAGCUGUACUGAAAAUUGAAUCCAAAUACCAAAAUGUGGAGUAUGGAACAGAUGAUCCUCCUCCUUGGUUUGGGUAUGACAGACAUGGUAACCUACUACAUGGUGCAUCACAUGUAGAGGAGACAGAAGAAGAAGGUGCAGAUGACUUAUAUGACAUAUAAAUGAACUGACUAUGUGCAAAGCAAUUGUGUGUACAAAAUGAUCAUCUGAGAAGUGGUUCUCAACCUAAAUUUACUUUACAAUAAAACGGAUUAGAGCCACAUACUAAAACAUGUCCUUUUUUUUCUAUAUUCUCAUUGUAAUUUUACCAAUGAAAGGGGAGAAGACUCCUCCAGGCCAAACAGAAAUAUAAAAAUAGUAAUAAAAAUUGAAUUAAAUUACGCUUAUUUUAUUUCUAAAGAGUAUCCUCCAUUCUUUGGUAUAUGUUAAUCUGGUAUUUUGGUACUAGGGACACACUUGGCAUUUGAGGUAAGCUGCCUAAUCAGUUUUCAUUUGAUUGUAAUAUUGUUUUAUUACAUUUUUUGUGAAUUUUGCGGGUAGCCAUCUUGCUUGAGCUGUUUUAACAGCCAUUUAGGACAUAUGAUUCACAACAAGCCCCAUGGACAUAUGCACAGUAGAUUUGCUCAAACUCUAUUCACUAGAAUGGCAGGUGUCUGGGCAUGCUCUGUGACCUGUAAAGAGGUCCUUCAACAUGAAGGGGGGAAACCUAAACUCUAAUCAUCAUUUAUUUUCAAUAGAUGUCUUU